AUGCGCGAGUAUCUGCCGGAAGAUGUGGUCGCCGAAGUGAAGAAGGUCGACGCCGCAAAACGAUCUCCCAGCAAGCGAAGCAUGUGCUGCUACCACGAGCACAAGGCCGGGGCGGACCGCUGUGAUGAUCCCGCCAGGAAGUGUAACCGGUUCACGUCAAGCAACCUACACAUUCUUGGGGGAACGAAAAGAACGAGACCGAGUCAAGCAGCUGCCUGGGGCAAGCUUUAG